AUGAAGGAGAUAAAACAAGCAGACGUGAAACUCUUCCUGGAGACGUACUACACGGAUAACAGCUUGAGUGACGACCUGAAGGAUGUCUUCGAUUAUGUGGAGAGAAAUAAACACAAAGGAAAUUUUCACAAAUUAUUUGAAGAUUAUUUGGAGGAAUACAACAAAAAAUUGUUCAAAAAUGAAAACUUUUUAAAGGACAACAUAAUAUACGACUAUGAGUACGUAAAGCAGUACAACAGCGAGCUGUCGGAAAAGGCAGGAAUAAAUUGCAACAAUAAAUAUCAUUGCUACGUCAAGUCAGUUAACAGCAUCGAUGAGAAUUACCAAUUUUUAGGACUAGAUACAAGUGUCAUAUCUGAAAAUAUAAACAAAAAAUUAUCCUUAUUUUUGGAGCUCUUUUUGAUGUACUCCAAAAAAGUCAACUUAAAUAUUGACGUGAGUCCCAUACUAAAUAUGAAUGAAGAAGAAUGCUAUAUUUUCGGACGCAUUUAUACAGACAGCGAAAUUAACAUAAGUGAAUCGAACAUCAUUUUGGAGGGCGAUUUAAAUUUGAAUAACGGAGACAAGGCGCAACUGCUAAAUUUAAAUCAUAUAAAAAAUAUAUGUUGUUUUUUGGGGCAAAUUUUAGCCAUCAAGGGAAAGAAAGAAAUAAACCAGUACAGUAUCAAAUAUUACGUGAGCAAUAUUUACGCUGGAUUGCCUACUCAUUUAAAUAUAAAAUUGGAGAACACCGCAUUUUUGUUAAAACAUUUUAAUGGCAACGAAAUUGAAGAGGAUAACAAAUGUGAAGAAGAAAAAAGCGACCAGAAUAAAGUCCUACAAUUGUACAAUGAUGAUAAUAUACACAUAAUGGUUUGCAAUGGGUACGUAUACGCAGACAAUGAAUACAGUGAUAAUUUGGACAAUUUUUUAAAAAUCGUGAACGAAAAAUUACCACAUGUUGUUUUAAUUUUUGGACCCUUCCUAUACAUUCGUAAUUUCAGUGAGACAAUUCAAAAAAUAGGAGAUAUCAACGUCAUUUAUGAAAAUAUUUUUAAAAAAAUUAUCAAGUUGGCAAAAAGUGAGCUCCUAGAAAAAACACAUUUUUUUAUUAUCCCAUCGAUAUAUGAUUCGCCUCCCUUUUUUUACGAAAAUAGUUAUGCCAACUUAUCGAAUGUUCACUUUUUAUCAAACCCAUCUUAUAUUUAUAUAAACGAAUUAAAGAUUGCCUUAACAUCAUGCGAUGUCAUUUAUAACUUGAGUAAAAAUUUAUUGUGCAGACCAAGUGAAAUGAAGGCGUUUUACUUGUUCGAGCAGAUAUUAAGGCAACUUUCUUUCUUCCCAUCCUACCCCUCCGAAUUUAACAUUGAAAUAACCAAGUUUAAAAAUUUACUGUUCCAUCCGAACAGGCUGCCAGAUAUGUUCCUCUUCCCUUCCUACACAAAAGAAAAGUCCUACGUUAAGGAGAUACAUAAGAAAUUGUUUAUCUGUCCAUACUCCAUCGAUCUCAGCAACGCGCAGCCGUGUAAUUUCUUUUCGAACAUUUAUAUCCAUCCACCGGCGGAGUCCCAGGAGUUGUCAAAAAGGGUCAUCCUGGAAAAUGUCUUCAUCCGCAACAAUAAGGUGACACAGAACGAGUGA